GACCCGACCUAACCCAACCCAAGCUCCUCCAAUCCGACCCAAAUGUGCCUCUAAAAUCUCUCCUACGGUCCACCACCGGUUUGCCCUAGAGCCGCCGCGCCGUAGGUUACCGUCGCCGCCCACGCCUCCCCUCCGCCUCUGACGCGUAUCGCCGCCGCCAUCGCCGUGUACGUUCUGCAUCCUCGCGUCACUCCGGUCUCCACCCUCUCGAUAUUCCUGGACGUUGGUCUUUGAUGCUGAGUAGAUAUUCUCUUAGCCAAUGGCGAGGGAAUCAAGUCCUGAGAUAGAUGAUGAACUUUUCAAUGAAGUUUAUGGGAAAGCUUACAGCGGUCCAGUGGCAUCUGCUGCAAAUAGCGUGAUACCUAAAGCAAAUGAUGAGAAGAAGCCCCUGACCUGUGAGAAGUCAGAUGAUGAAGAUGAGCCCAGAGAUCCCAAUGCUGUCCCUACUGACUUCACUAGUAGAGAGGCUAGGGUUUGGGAGGCUAAAGCUAAGGCUACAGAAAGGAACUGGAAGAAAAGGAAGGAAGAAGAAAUGAUCUGUAAAAUAUGUGGAGAAUCAGGUCAUUUCACUCAGGGCUGUCCAUCCACACUUGGAGCAAAUAGGAGAAAUGCAGAUUUCUUUGAAAGAGUUCCAGCAAGAGAUAAACAAGUCAGGGAUCUUUUCACUGAGAGGACAAUAAAUCAGAUUGAGAAGGAUGUGGGCUGUAAAAUCAGAAUGGACGAGAAGUUCCUGUUUGUCAGUGGGAAAGAUAGGUUAGUGCUAGCCAAAGGUGUAGAUGCUGUGCAUAAACUCAUCCAGGACAGUAAGGGUAAACAUAGUUCAAGCAGCCCAAAACGGGAUCGUUCUAGAUCUCCUGUGCGAAAAUCAGUCGAUUUUCGUCCCAGGCAUUCUGAUUCCCAAUGGUCCCAUAGCCCAAGAAAUGUGUCGCGCUCUCAAAGUAAAGGUCACUAUAAUGAAAGGCCUGUAGAUGCCCGCUUACAUGAUGAUAUUCCCAAGUGUCCAAAAGGAUCUCCACAAGCUUAUACCAACUAUGGAGCAAAAGACCAUCCAGUCCAAUCAAAAUCUCCAUUUCGACCCUCUUAUCUUGAUGAACCCCUUAGAUCACAUGGUGGGAAUAGCCAAUAUGCUGCGGCACAUAUGCCCAAUAACUGCAGCACUGAGAGACAUGGACCAGAUGCCCAUCUAGACCUUAAGUUUGACCUCCCUUCCUAUCCACAAACUUUGGAAGAGCUUGAAAUUGAGUUCAAAAGAGAAGCAAUGGAAUUAGCUAGAGCCCGUGACCAGGAGGAGGAUGAAGAGAACUCUAAGCAUCGCGAGUCACUUAGAGAAAUGAGGGAGAACCACAUGAAGAGUGUGUCGGUCACAAGGACUAUGCAAGCAAGGAAGUGGGAUGAAUUUCUUGAACAAAGUUUUAAAAGGCAACAGCAAGCUCAGCAGACCUCAUACGCCCAAACUGGGUAUAGCGAUUUUGAUCAGAGAACUGCACAUUAUGCUGCUACUGGUCCACCAAUUGAUUCAAAGAACACAUAUCCAUAUGCUACUGAUAACUAUUCUGCUCCAAGGCGUCAUGCUGCUUAUGGCGAGUUUCAGCAUGACAGACAUGACGAUUUAGGGAGGACCUAUGGGCGAUAUUAGCCUGUGGAAUGGCGGGCGCCUUUGUGAGGAAUCUGAGUCAAUGGUGUGCUACUUCUUAGCGCCUAUUUUCUGUUAUGUAGUUUCAGUCUUUCAGAAGGUAAGAAUCUUAGUAAGCAACAUUUGUUCCAGUUGCUCAUUCUGUUGCAGUCUCCAGUACCAUCACAAAGAAGCAGGAACUGUUAAAACGAAAUUAAGACAUCACAUCGGCUGCUUUUCUUUUACUAUGUUGAAACUGGUUGAUGUUGUGGCCGUUUUGAACAGUAUUUAACGUGAUAUUGGUCAUUCAUGUUUCUUC